UGUGAAACCUUCCUUCUCUUCUCCCUCGCAGCGCAAACUUGCAUAUAAGGAGGGAGAUUGCAUUGCGGCAUUCUAAGAAUCUUGCGCCUGACGUCAAGUCGGCAGAUUGGGUGACCUUGUUGAGUUUAAAUACUAAACGACAGUUCCCAGUCAUUCGCAUCAAUCUGUCUAUUCGAAUACAUAGAUUUAAACCGAGCUCACUUUCGACUCGUUCACAGCAAAACAAGAAAGACAUCGAAUAUCUCAGCAUGGCACCCAAGCUAUACGCCAUCGUCGUCGGCGCUGGUCCAGGUACUGGCCGCGCAUCCGCUGUCCGCUUCUCAAAAUCCUACCCAGUCGUAGUAAUUGCGCGCAACUCGUCUAGCUAUGAAGCUGCAGUCAAAGAUGUCACCGAGUCAGGCGGUAGAGCCAUCGGCAUCAGUGCGGAUGCCUCAGACCCCGCCUCGCUAGACCAAGCCUUUGAGUACAUUUCCCAGGAGCUGCCGGACCACAAACUCGCGGCUGCCAUCUACAAUGUGUCUGGAGGUUACGCAGUCAAGUCGUUCGUGGAGAUCAAGCCCGAGGAGCUGGAGGAGAGUUUGGAUGGGAAUGUCCGUGGCUUCUUCCAUUUUGCCCAACGCACCCUGCCCCUUCUCGAGGAUGCCGUGCCCCACUCGGAACACCCACCCACCCUUGUUGUGACGGGUGCCACGGCCUCGGUCAGGGGGUCGGCAAAGUUCGCCACCUUUGCCUUGGGGAAAUGGGCCAAGCGCGGCAUUGCCCAGUCGCUGGCGCGCGAGUAUGGGCCGAAAGGGGUUCACGUGGCGCAUGCAGUUAUUGAUGGGGUUAUUGAUAUACCGCGGACGUCGACGUUAUAUGUGAAUGGCGGUGUCUCGGAUGGGAAGAUUAGCGCUAUUUCGAUUGCUGAGACGUAUUGGAGUUUGCAUACCCAGCAUCGGUCCGGUUUUACUUGGGAGGUGGAUAUUCGACCUUACGUAGAGAAGUGGUAAAAGUAGCUUACACGACUAGAACGGACAGAAUUGCAGGGCUGCGUCUGGGAUAUAACAGCCACCAAAGAUACGAUAAAGGUCGGAGUUCUCUAUUAGUUGCUAAAAAUAAUGAUGGUCCAUUACUCAAACCCCACUGACAACGUUCAUCUGCGUGUGGAUGUUCAUCAACUGACUUGGUUCCGAAACGGCUGCUGAGGGCGAUUAUUUCGUACCCAGACAGUGAAAGUAGAAUUCGGUUUUCAAGUUCGAUAUUGAGCGACCAAAUAGCUUCUAUGGCAU